GCUCCUUCUUCCCCACCUCAUCCUCGAUCUUCUUCUCGCGUCUCCCUCGCUAGUCGCGACUAACAUUCAUUCCGCUUGCUUGCUCCAGAUAUCCCCCCCCCCCCACUUCGCGGUCGGCCAGGUCCUCGGAGCGCGGGAGAUGGCGGAACAGGAGACCCCGGUUGCAGUUGAGGCACCUACCCCGGUUCUUGGGGAGCCGAUGGACUUGAUGACUGCUCUGCAGCUCGUCAUGAAGAAGUCAAGUGCUCAUGAUGGGCUUGUGAAAGGUCUUCGUGAGGCUGCCAAGGCCAUUGAGAAGCAUGCUGCUCAGCUUUGCGUGCUUGCUGAGGACUGUGACCAGCCUGAUUAUGUCAAGCUGGUUAAGGCACUCUGCGCUGAGCACAAUGUUCACCUGGUUACUGUGCCUAGUGCUAAAACUCUUGGCGAGUGGGCUGGGCUUUGCAAGAUUGACUCUGAGGGCAAGGCAAGGAAGGUUGUAGGCUGCUCCUGUGUCGUAGUCAAGGACUACGGUGAAGAAUCUGAGGGCCUUAACAUAGUGCAGGAGUAUGUCAAAUCGCACUAGAUAGUGUGUUUUAAGUAUCUGAAGCUUAUGUUCUACAUUUUGGGCCUGGGUUUAAAUUUAUGCUUGAUUCUGGGGCUUGCUAGGAAACUAGAACAAUUUUCAAGUGUGAGCCAAGGAGGGAUGUGAACGUUUCAGUCAUCUGAACUCUUGUUUAAAGUGCUGUGUCAUUUGCUUUUAAUGCAAAUUAUCAAGAGUUGAGAUU